AGCAUUAUUCUAAAUUCAAUUGGUACAACAUCUGUUUAUUGGAAAGGGCCCUUUGCUGCUAAAUCCGCCACUUGGCGCGAAAUCAUUUUACCAGUUUUCACUGCAUGUAAACUGGAUCGUUAUUUUAUGCCAUGGUUGUAUGUAGUAUGUUCUAUCGAAUACUUAUUCAACAUUUAUCUCAUCUUUUCGGAUAAAACGUCUAAUAUGGACUUUACUGGACGGCAGAUAUCAGAGGAUUUAGAAAAGCCUGUCUGUAUAAAUCUUAAUGCUGAAAAGCAUGAAAAAUUGUCCUUUACCGGGUAUGCUCCUGUAAAAUGGCGUAUAAUCUGUUUGUGGAUACUUACAGUAUUGACUGUUGGUUUAAUAAGAUUGGUUUUCUAUUGGAAACCGGAUUGGUCUUUGAAAUUUACUCAUUCCAUUGUCGCACUAUCUGAUGCUAAGAACAUGCUUAUCAAGGUUAUCAGAAGAUUUUUUAAACACGAAAAAGUUAAAUUUAUCUGGGAUACAGAGUCCUUAAAAUUCUCCAAAGUCAAAUGGCUUAAAAAGGAUGUUAAAUGUUCAGAAUUUUAUGAUCUAAAACCUAUAAAACCUAUUGAAACUAUUGAACGGCAGAAGUUAUUUGGCAUAAAUGCCAUUGAUGUUCACGUGACACCUAUUUUUAAACUCUUUUAUACUCAGAUAUUUAAUCCGUUCUACGUUUUUCAAAUAUUCAGUGUUAUAUUAUGGUAUAAUGAUGAAUAUUAUUAUUAUGCAACAUGUAUUAUUCUUAUAUCGGCCAUAUCCAUAAUUGCUUUUAUAAGGCAGACUAGACAGAUUGAACGACGUCUAAAAAAUAUGAUCUCUCCCAUGAGCGUAGUAACUGUCUGUCGAGGUGAUGAUAUACAAUUUCAAGAAGUCAUGUCCGACGAUCUAGUUCCAGGGGAUAUAAUUGAAAUACCUAAAGGUGGAUUCAUUGUGCCAUGUGAUGCAGUAUUAUUAAACGGAAACUGUAUAGUUAAUGAAAGUAUGUUAACUGGUGAAAGUGUUCCUGUAAUGAAGACACCGUUACCUAAUUUGAAUUCUCAAAGUUUCAACAUGAAAGAUCAUUCUAAACAUGCACUUUUUAGCGGCACAAAAGUUGUACAAGCUAGAUAUUUCUGUGAGGGUAAAGUUAGAGCUGUUGUCCUAAAAACAGGGUUUUCAACUAUGAAAGGAAAACUAAUUCGCUCUAUAAUGUUUCCAAAACCAAUUAAUUUCAAAUUUACCCAAGAUUCUUUUAAGUUUGUUGGAUUUUUAGCUAUUCUAGCUGCUUGUGGCAUGAUAUUCACAUUAGUCAUAAUGAUUCGGAGAGGAGAAACCGUUAAAAGAACUAUACUACGGACAUUGGAUUUGAUAACUAUUGUUAUUCCACCAGCAUUGCCUGCCGCUUUGACAAUUGGAAUUAGUUUUGCCCAAAGUAGAUUGAAAAAGUUUAAUAUAUUUUGUAUAUCUCCAACGAACAUUAACAUGUCUGGAUCAGUAGAUUGUUGUUGUUUCGAUAAGACGGGAACACUUACCGAAGACGGUAUGGAUUUAAAAGGUGUACUACCCUGUAAAAACUCCAAAUUUAGCCCUACUCUACAUCAUACUCCAUCUUCGUUAGAAAGAUCCCCUCUAUUAAGUGCCUUAGCUACGUGCCACUCUUUAACUAUUAUAAAUAAAGAGCUAUGUGGAGAUCCAAUGGAUCUCAAAAUGUUCGAAUCAAUUAAAUGGGAUUUAGAGGAAGUCGGAGAAGACAAUGAGAAAUACGACAUGUUAGUUCCAACUAUUGUCAAACCAAGAGCAACUGAUAAAGAAGCAAAAGAUGAAUAUAACGAUACUCCAUAUGAAAUAGGUAUUGUAAGACAAAUGGUCUUUUCUUCUCGUUUACAAAGAAUGAGCGUGGUAACUAGAACAUUAGGCGAAAAUCAUUUUAACUUAUUCACUAAAGGAUCACCAGAAAUGCUUUAUAGUUUAUGCAAUGUAAAAUCCCUACCACAGGAUUUUUACGAUAUACUCUACUUUUACACUAAAAGAGGAUAUCGUGUCCUUGCUCUCGGAUACAAGGAUCUUGGUAGAAUGAGUUAUGUCAAAGUACAAAAAUGUGCUAGGGAGGAUAUGGAAAAAGAUCUACACUUUCUUGGCUUUCUUAUUAUGGAAAAUCGAUUAAAAAUUGAAACGGAAGAAGUUAUCAGGGAACUUCAAUUUGCAAACUUUAAGACACUUAUGAUUACUGGUGAUAAUAUGCUAACGGCUCUGAGCGUUGCUAGAGAUUGCUCCAUGAUAUCAGAUUUAGAUGAAGUGUAUAUGGUUCACGUAACCGAUUUUAAUGGAGAUGUUAAAGUUGAACUUGCUCCUAUCGAUGAAAAUAAAGAAGAAAAUAAAGAUCAAAUCAUAUCAAAUCUACGCAAAAAUGUACGGUUAGCAAUAACAGGAAAAUCAUGGAAUUUGGCACGUAUCUAUUGCCCAGAAUUGUUAGAUUCUGUGUGCGUGAGAGGUGUCGUCUUUGCAAGAAUGCUACCAGAGCAAAAAGUAGAGGUUAUAGAAACUUUACAAAAGCUAGAUUAUUACGUAUCAAUGUGUGGUGAUGGUGCAAACGAUUCAUCCGCUUUAAAAAUGGCUCAUGCGGGAAUAUCUUUGUCAGAAGGAGCAGAAGCGUCUGUAGCAGCUCCGUUUACUUCUAGAGAGAUGAAUAUAAAAUGUGUACCAAACGUAAUAAAACAAGGACGAGCAGCUCUGGUAACUUCUUUUGGCAUAUUCAAAUUUAUGGCUUGUUAUAGUUUAACUCAGUUUACAUCAGUAACAAUUUUAUAUUGGAUUGGAGCGAACUUUUCUGACUUUCAAUUUUUAUACAUUGAUCUUGGAUUGUUGACAACACUCAGUAUUACAUAUGGUUAUACGAAAGCGUAUACAGCACUUGUUCGCGAAAAACCCGAUAUUUCAUUAUUUGCACUCACACCCAUAUUAUCAAUUGUUGUUCAAAUUAUAGUUAUAAUUAGUACUCAAAUAUUAGUUUGGUUCUAUAUAAAAGGCCAACCAUGGUUUACUGCAUAUAAAUUUCAAGAUGAGGCUGAUUAUGUUUGUGAUGAAAAUACAGCAGUUUUCCUCAUUUCAAGCUUCCAGUAUGUUUCAAGCGCAAUUGUAUUUUCAAAGAGCCGACCUUUCCGACAACCCAUUUAUACGAAUUAUAUAUUUGUAACGAAUAUUUUGCUGGUAUUAGCCUUAAAUGCAUUUUUUACUCUCUUCCCUCCUAAAUCUGUUCAAGAAUUUAUGGGACUCCAAAUUCCUCCUACACUCUCAUUUAGAUUUUUAUACGUUGGAAUUGCUUUGGCGUCAUUUUUACUGUGUUAUCUGCUUGAGGCUUUUGUGGUGAAUUCUGAAUUAUUAUGCAAAAGAAUCGAGAAGAAAGUUGAGGAAAAGUUGAGUAAACCAACUGAAUAUACAAUCGUUGAAAAUAAAUUUGACAAAGAGUUAAAAAAGCUACCUCUUUCUACUGAUACGUUAGUAAAUGUAUUGAACAGCGAAUUAUCUACAAGACAAAGGCAUGCUUCCAAUUUCUCUAGCGAAAGAUCCGAGAGUUACCGUUAUGCAGUUGAAAGAGAAAAAUUUACUGUUGAUGUUAUUGACUCUCGAAUUGAUAGCACAUUGUUAUAA